UUGUUCGGUACCUAUGAAAAAUAAAAUAAAAUAUGGUUUUUUCUUCCCUCCUUUUCAAAAACCCAAAAUGUCCCUUGUUCUCCUCAGAAGUCACUUUGGCACCCUUCCGCUUUCUACAGGUUUUGGGCGAACCAGAUCAUUCAGCAGCAUGUCCAAUCCCAAAACAAGAUCAUCUUUCAAACUCCUCCAGUCCCAAUGCGAAACCCCCGCUUCAGAGCCAAACCCAGGCUCUGAAUCUUCCAAUGGCGGUUCGGUAUCAGAACUUCGUGUUUUUGUGAGGAAGAAGAGAGGGAGAAAGAUUAUAGAGACUCAAGAAACGAAGUAUGAAGCAGAACCUCUUGACCAAAAACAACGUGGCCCACCUGAAAUCGAAGAAUUUGGGUACAAACAAGUGAAUGGAUCUUUUCAGUCAAGCAACGCCUCCUUUGCCAAUGUCCCUACAGGUGAACCACCUCCAAAUUGGGAAAAAGUCCUUGAAGGAAUUCGCAAAAUGAGGUCUGCUGAGGAUGCACCAGUGGACACAAUGGGAUGUGAGAAAGCUGGCAAUUCUCUUCCUCCUAAGGAAAGAAGAUUUGCUGUCUUAGUAUCUUCGCUCCUGUCAAGUCAAACCAAGGAUAACGUUACUCAUGGAGCAAUCCAGCGUCUUCUUCAAAAUGAUCUGCUUGCUGCCGAUACCAUUGACAAAGCUGAUGAAGCAACUAUCAAAGGCUUGAUUUACCCUGUUGGAUUUUAUACAAGAAAAGCUGCUAACAUGAAGAAAAUUGCAAAAAUUUGUCUCGUGAAGUAUGAUGGAGACAUACCUAGCUCAUUGGAGGAACUGCUCCUACUUCCGGGGAUAGGCCCUAAGAUGGCUCAUUUGGUUAUGAAUGUAGGGUGGAAUAAUGUUCAAGGGAUAUGUGUUGAUACUCAUGUGCACCGAAUUUGUAAUCGGCUUGGAUGGGUAUCAAAGCCCCGCACAAAACAGAGGGGUAUGAAAGGUGAACUAAUAUGUGAAGGGCUUCAGCUCAAGAAAACUUCAACACCUGAGGAAACAAGACAGGCAUUGCAACUGUGGCUUCCAAAGGAAGAAUGGGUUCCGAUAAAUCCUCUUUUGGUAGGAUUUGGACAGACUGUUUGUACACCCCUCAGACCUAACUGUGGAAUGUGCAGUGUAAGUGACUUCUGCCCAUCUGCAUUCAGAGAGAUCUCGAGGUCACCAUCCAAGUCAAAAAGUUCUAGUCCGAGCAAGAAGCUUUGAUCAGCUAGGUUCCUCCAUAAGACGUUUGAAUAUCUUUUGUGUACAUUGCAGUCCUGAAGGGUAGACACAUGUUUUUCACCUUCUUUUCGUUUUGAAUAUGCGUUGUGUUUUCAGCCUAGUAUCAUACAUUGACUGCAUAUAUAAUUUAGGAGGAAGACAGUUUACCAUUGUAUAUUGGUGAAAGGGAAUAGGAGGAAGGCAGAUUCAGCAGGCAAAACUUUUGUUAGGAGCCUAACAUCGAUCUAACUUUGCAAUUUAUAUUCAGCACAUUAAUGUAUUUUUUGGAUAUAGGGCUAUUUUGAGAAUGUUGAAAUGUAUUAAGAUAAAGUUGAGAUGAA